GCUCGGCACCGGCGGCCGCCCCACGCUCAUUCCCGCUGCCCCGGGGGCGCGCAGCAUGGAGGCUCGGUGCGCGGAGCAGAGGCGGAUGUGUUUGGAGAUGCUGACCACCCGGCCCCGGCUUUCGGCGCGGAGUGUGGAAGGAGCCCUGAGCGCGGCCUCCGAGUGCCCGGCGGUCCGGCCCAGAGCGCACAAGUGCAGCCCCGCCAGGACUUCGCGAUCCCGGCCGCAGGGCGACCCGGACGCCUUGGAUGGGCCCGCGGGGAGCGCGCUGCCGGGGGGCCGCGCCAAGAGGGGGUCGCUGCGCGCCGCUGACUCGCUGUCUGCGGGUGCUUUCGCCCCGAUGGAGAGCCCGGAGCCCCCCGCCGCCUCUAUGCCGUCCCUCCCCGCGGAGGGAGCCCGCAGCCGCAGGGGCGCGCGCUCCAUCCGACCCGCGUGCGCCCCGAUGGAUGAUGGCAGCCCCGGCCCGGCGGAAGGCGCCCUGGCGGAGCCCGAAGAGUUUCUGUCCGUCCCGCCCCGAGCGCAGAAAGGCGGCCCCGCCAGGUGCUCGGGAUCCCAGCGGAAGAAGGGCGGCCCCGAGCCCCAGGAUAGACCCACGAGGAGCGCGCCGCCGGGGGGCCGCGCCAAGCGGGCGUCUCUGCUCGCCGAGGACCCGACGGGGGACCCGGAGCCCCCAGCCGCCGACUCCGAGGCGCCCCGUCCCGGGGACGGUCCUCGUGGCCGAAGGGGUGCACGCUCCAUCUGGAGACCCCCGCCCACAGAGGAGCCCAGCCUCGACCCGGAGGAGGGAGCUUUUGCCCAACACGACGAGGGGCCGGCCGUCCUGCCCAAGGGGCUGAAGUGCGGCCCCGCCGGCACGUCGCGAUCCCUGCGGAAGAAGAGGGACCCGUACGCCCUGGAUGGGUCCCGGGAAAGCACGCCGCCGAGGGGCCGCGCCAAGCGGGGGUCUCUGCCCGCCGAGGACCCGCCGCCCGCCGGCGCUCCCGCCCCGACGGAGGACACGGAGUCCCCCGCCGCCUCCGAGCCGCCGGCUCUCCCCCCGGAGGGAGCCCGCAGCCGCAGGGGAGCGCGCUCGGUUCGGGAGCGGAGAUCCCCUCCGGCCCCCGCAGAGGCCACCAGCCUCGGCCCGCCGAUCGCAACCCCCGGAACCCGCGGGACAGAGGCGGCGCCCGCGGGGGCCACAGCCACCAGGCUCCGAGCGGUGCUGAAAAAGUUGAAGCUGAAGCAGGUCGAGAUCUCGGAGGCGGCGGAGGCGGUGAACGCGGUGGCGAACCACCUGCUGAAGGGAGUGCAGAAGAAGGGGUCGGUGUUCAAAGGGGUCCUGCUGCUGAGCACCGGCAGCUACUACGAGUAUGUGAAGGUUUCUUCUCCGAAUGAAUUUGAUAUUAUGUUUACACUGGAGGCUCCCAGAGUUGAGUUAGAAGAAUAUGGAGACAGUGGGGAGCAUUACUUCGUGAAAUGUACCAAAAGAAUGCCCCAAGGAAACCCCUUGGAGGAGUUUUUAGAAGGUGAUGUCUUAUCAGCAUCUAAGAUGCUGUCCAAAUUUCGGACAAUCAUUGAGGAAGAAAUUAGAAACAUUAAAGAUACAGAGAUCACGAUGGAGAUGAAGAAGCCCGGCAGCCCUGCUGUGACACUCCUUAUUGGCAAGCCUCAAAAAAUAUCUGUGGACAUAGUGCUCUCUUUGAAAAUGAACAGCAGCUGGCCUGCAAGCACCCAGAAUGGGCUCCCUAUCAAGAACUGGCGUGGAGGAAAACUCAGAACCGAACUCAGGAGAAAGCCGUUCUACCUGGUCCCCAAGCACGCCAAGGAAGGAGAUGGUUAUCAAGAAGAAACAUGGAGACUGUCCUUCUCCAACGUGGAAAAGUACAUGUUGCUCAAUCACGGACAGAAGGGAAUUUGCUGUGAAAAUGGUCGACUGAAAUGUUGCAGGAAAGAUUGUCUCAAACUCAUGAAGUAUCUUCUGGAGCAAUUGAAAAAAAAGUUUGAAUACCAAGAGAACAUGGAUAAGUUCUGUUCUUACCAUAUGAAAACCACCUUCCUGCAUGUGUGUACCCAGAACCCAGACGACAGCCAAUGGCAAACCAAAAACCUGGCGUCCUGCUUUGACAGCUGUCUGACCUUCUUUCUCCAGAGCCUGAAAACAGAGUCUCUGCAGCACUUUUUCAUUCCUGGUGCCAAUCUGUUCUCUGAAGAUCGGAUCGACCAGACGGCCAAAGGAUUCCUGGCAGAGCAAAUUGAGAAUGAAAGAAAGAAUGGCUUUCCCAUUUUAGAUGGAUGUUGAAAAGAAUUAAGAGCUAGUAGGGGUUUUAAUGGUUGUUGGAAUGUUAGAGAUGGGUUCCAGCAAGGAAUAAAUGGAAAUCUCUGUUUAGCUUUCAGUUGACCUUAGAGAAUUGGGCAGCGGUAGAUAGCAUAAUGGUUAUGCAAAGAGGCUCUCAUGGCUGAGGCUUCAAAGUUCCAGGUUCAAUCCUCCCCCCACCACCAUAAGCCAGAGCUGAGUAGUGCUCUGGGAAAAAAAAAAGAGAGAGAGAGAGAGAGAGAAUUUAAACCUGUACCAAAAGAUUUAUUUUUCCUAGGGGAGGGGGUAGUCAGGGAAUUAAGAAGCAGAGGAAACAUUUAAAACUUGAAAAUUUGGGGGGCUGGGCAGUAUCGUACAUACUGUGAAGCACAAGGAUCCUGGUUUGAGCCCCCAGUUCCCCACCUGCAGGACGAAUGUUGAAGCAGGUCUGCAGGUGUCUCUCUGUCUCUCCCUCUCUAUCCCCUCCUCCUCUCUCAUCUUCUCUCUGUCUUAUACAUUUCAAAAAGAAAAAUAAAGAUGGCCACCAGGAGCAGUGGAUUUGUAGUGCUGGCACCAGGUCCCAGUGAUAACCCUGGAGGCAGAAAAAAAAAAGCUUGACAGUUUUUGGGGGUGUGUGUGUGUGGAAGUGGGGGUGAGUAGUGUUCUAUAAACAGGCACGCAUCUUGGGGGCCCCAGAGAUGGUGUGGCUGAUAGAGCCUUUCAAGCAUGAGACCUUGACUUUGACCCAUGACACUACAUGAGAGGGAGCACCAAGGACAGAAUGGGAGAGCUCCAUAGGCAGCAGAACAG